UACUGAUUCAAGUAAUGAUUUUAGGCCACAGACAAAGAUUCUGAUCAGGUAUUGGCAGCAGUAAAUCCAACACUCAUGCAGUCCUUGGAAAGAGUGAUGCAAGGGGAGGGACAAGCGAGCUCAAUGAAAUGGAAUUUCAUUUGUCAUUUAACAGAAGAAUUACAUUUGCUUGGAGCAAAAUCCUCCAACGGGUAGGCAGAUCUUUCAGCUCAUUACUUGUCUCCUCUAGGCAUGAACACAAAUGAGUAGUACACUGUACUGAAGAAACAUCGAGUGGGAACAUAUACUGUAAAUGACACGGACAAUUCCAUUCUACAAGUGCUUUCUCAGCUGUGGCGCAGCCAAUUGUUUGACCCAACAAUGAAGAUGCACACCUCAAUCACCUCGCUAGCUACAUAUGUUCUGGUCCUCUCCAUCUUUGUCACUGAUUCCCAUCAGCAAGCUGAGAAGAGAGAUAUUGUCUUCCUCGUGGAUGAAUCUCCUGCGAUGGGGAGAUCGUUUUUCUACGCACGUAAAUUUAUUUCAGAAAUAAUUACCAGUCUCAGUAUUGGACCCGACACAGAUCAAGUAGCUGUGGUACAAUACAGUUCCAUCCCAAGACUCCAAUUUGGCCUCAAUGUUCAUUCAACAAUAGGUGAGCUUUCGAGUGCAGUAAAAAGGCUACGAUUUAAAUCGGGAAGACCCCUCAACACUGGCGCGGCACUGGAGUUUGUCACAAGGAACGUCUUCACCCCAGCCGCAGGCAGCAGAAAAGAUGCUGGGGCAACACAGAUCCUGGUGCUCAUCACUGCCUGGAGAUCCAGGGACAAUGUUGGGCCGGCAGCAGAGGCAGUGAGACAGGCUGGUAUUGUGGCCAUUGCCAUCGGGGCCAAGAGCGCAGACACAUCGGAGAUGCAACUGAUCACUUCCGACCCAGACUCUGUUUUCAAAUUGAACGACUUCAAGGAAUUGCAAUCAAUUCAACAGCAGCUGCUGUCUAAAUUUCAAUCAGCGCUUGUGAUGGAACAACCAAUUCCUACAACUGAAGUUACAAUUGCAGACGCCAUCCAGAGAGACAUUGUGUUCCUGAUUGACGAAUCUGACUUUGUUGGGAAUUCCAAUCUACCGCCAGUCCGUGAGUUAAUGUCAGCGAUAAUCGAGAGCCUUGAUAUUGGAAGUGACCGAGUGCGAGUCGGCCUGGUGCUGUACGGCAACAAAGCAGAAACAGAGUUUUAUCUAAACACCUACUCCAGAAAAGAUGAAAUUCUCUCUGUGGUGAGAUCCCUCACUUUUCAAGGUGGCCGGACACUCAACACUGGGAAGGCAUUGGAGUUUGUCCUCAGAUACCACUUCACCAGAUCUGCAGGCAGCAGAAGAGAGGACGGUGUCCCCCAGUUUUUGCUGCUCAUCACUGGUGGGAGGUCUGGAGAUGACGUCAAGCGAGCUGCAGAUGCAUUGAAGCAGAGAAACGUGAUAACCCUUACUGUUGGAUCAGGGUCUGCAGAGUCUGCUCAGCUCAAGGAGAUAGCCUCUAAACCCAACCUGGGCUUCAGUGUGAGGGAUUUCUCUUCUCUGCCAGGCUUACAGGAGCAGGUGAUAACAUCAAUACAAAAUCUGCAUCUUCAAACAGUACCCAAUGAAGAGACAACAACAGUACCUAUUGAAGUGCCAGUCGUUACUACCACCAAAGCCAGGAAGAGAGACAUCAUCUUCCUAAUUGAUGGCACUUCUGGCAUGGGAAGAUCUAUCCGACAAGUGCGCGAAUUUCUGAUGGAAAUAAUUCCCGAGCUCGAGAUUGGCCCUGAGAAGGAUCUUGUUGCUUUGGUGCAGUAUUCUUCUGACUCGAGAGUUGAAUUUUACCUCAACACUUUUUCAACUGGAGAUGAGGUUUUGAACGCCGUAAAAAGAAUACAGCUCAAGUUGGGAAGACCCCUGAAGACCGGUGCGGCACUAGACUUCACCACAAGGAACGUCUUCAUCCCAGCCGCCGGCAGCAGGAGAGAUACUGGAGCCGCCCAGAUCCUGGUGCUCAUCACAGCCGGGAGGUCUGUGGACAAUGUUGGGCCAGCAGCAGAGGCAAUGAGACAGGCUGGUAUUGUGCCCAUUCUCAUCGGGGCCAAGAGCGCAGACACAUCGGAGAUGCAACUGAUCACUUCCGACCCAGACUCUGUUUUCACGCUCAGUGACUUCCAGGAAUUGCAAUCUAUUCGACAGCAGCUGCUGACUAAAUUUCGACCAGUGCCUGUGAUCGAGGAAACAAUUGUUCCCACUAAAGUUGUACCAACGGAAAUGAGCGAGAGAGACGUCGUGUUCCUUAUCGAUGGAUCAGACAAUAUCGGAAAUGCUAACUUACCUCAUGUCCGUGACUUUAUGAUCAGAAUAAUUCAGCACCUGGCCAUCGGACGUGACAAGGUGCGAGUUGGUUUGGCACAGUACAGCGAUGAUGCAGAAGCUGAGUUCUACUUGAACACUUACUCAACAGAGACUGAGCUUCUAUCUCACAUCAAAAGCCUCCAUCUGAGAGGUGGGACAACAGCUAACACUGGCUCUGCGUUGGACUUUGCCACUAAAUACUAUUUUAAUGGUUAUUCUGGAAGUCGAAUAAAUGAAAAUGUUCCGCAGUUUUUAUUGCUCAUUACUGGUGGAAGAUCCAGCGAUGAUGUGGAGGAGGCGGCAGAUGCGCUGAAGCGAGCUGCGGUCAUGACCGUCGCCAUAGGGGUUAGGAACGCAGACCCAGCCCAGUUGGAAGAGAUGGCAAUUGAUCCAAGUUUGGUCUUCAAUGUAAAUGACUUCCACUCUUUGCCAGAUGUCCUGAAUGGAUUGAUCAUGCCACUGACAAUGCUGAGCGUCCCAACUGUAAUUAUUGAAGAACCAACAGCCACACCUGAGGAGGAACUUGUCAUCACUACAGAAGUUCCCAGGGAGAAGAGAAAAUCCAUGAGAGAUAUUGUGUUCCUAAUCGAUGGCUCUUCCAGUAUGGGGAGAUCAUUUAUAUCGGUCCGUGAAUUUCUGAUAAAAAUAAUCGAGGAGUUUGAUGUUGGACCCGACACAGAUCAAGUCGCUGUGGCACAAUACAGUUCUGACGCAAGGCUUGAAUUCGGCCUCAAUGUUCAUUCAACGAAAGAUAAGCUUUUGAGUGCAGUAAAAAGGCUACGAUUCAAAACUGGAAGACUCCUCAACACUGGUGCUGCGCUGGAGUUUGUCACAAGGAAUGUCUUCACCCCAGCCGCAGGCAGCAGGAGAGAUGCUGGAGCCGCACAGAUCCUGGUGCUCAUCACAGCCGGGAGAUCCAGGGACAAUGUUGGGCCGGGGGCGGAGGCAGUGAGACAAGCUGGUGUUGUGCCCAUUGCCAUCGGGGCCAAGAGCGCAGACACAUCGGAGAUGCAACUGAUCACUUCCGACCCCGACUCUGCUUUCAAAUUGAGCAGCUUCCAGGAAUUGCAAUCAAUUCAACAACAGCUACUGUCUAAAGUUCAACCAGUGUCCGUGACUGAGGAAACAAUUCUUCCCACCGAAGUUGUACUGAAGGAAAUGAGCGAGAGAGACAUUGUGUUCCUUAUCGAUGGAUCAGACAAUAUCGGAAAUGCUAAUUUACCUCAUGUCCGUGACUUUAUGAUCAGAAUAAUCCAGUACCUGGCCAUCGGACGUGACAAGGUGCAAGUGGGUCUGGCACAGUACAGUGAUAUUGCGGAAACUGAGUUCUACCUGAACACUUACUCAACAGAGGCUGAGCUUCUGUCUCACAUCAAAAGCCUCAGUCUGAGAGGUGGGGCUAAAGCCAACACUGGCUCUGCGUUGGACUAUGCCAUGAAGUACUAUUUCACGAGUGCUGCUGGAAGUCGAAUAGAGGAGAACGUUCCCCAGUUUCUGCUGCUCGUCACUGGUGGAAGGUCCAGCGAUGAUGUGGAGGAGGCAGCAAAUGCGCUGAAGCGAGCUGCGGUCAUGACCUUCGCCAUAGGGGUUAGGAACGCGGACCCAGCCCAGUUGGAAGAGAUGGCAAUUGAUCCAAGUUUGGUCUUCAGUGUAAACGAAUUGCACUCUCUGCCAGAUGUCCUGAAUCAAUUGAUAAUGCCACUGACAAUGCUGAGUGUCCCAACAGUGAUUAUUCAGGAACCGACAAACAAACCUGAGGAGGAAACUAUUAUCACAACAGAAGCCAGGAAGAGAGAUAUCGUCUUCCUAAUCGACGGCUCCCCUGGAAUGGGGAAAUCGUUUUCACAAGUCCGUGAAUUUCUAUUGAAGGUAAUCGAGGAGUUUGAUGUGGGACCUGACACAGAUCAAGUCGCUGUGGUGCAAUACAGUUCUGACGCAAGGCUCGAAUUCGGCCUCAAUGUUCAUUCAACGAAAGAUGAGCUUUUGAAUGCAAUACCAAAAUUGAAACUCAAAACGGGAAGACCCCUCAACACUGGUGCUGCGCUGGAGUUUGUCACAAGGAACGUCUUCAUCCCAGCCGCAGGCAGCAGAAGAGAUGCUGGAGCCGCACAGAUCCUGGUGCUCAUCACAGCCGGGAGAUCCAGGGACAAUGUUGGGCCGGGGGCGGAGGCAAUGAGACAGGCUGGCAUUGUGCCCAUUGCCAUCGGGUCCAAGGGUGCAGACACAUCGGAGAUGCAACUGAUCACUUCCGACCCAGACUCUGCUUUGAUCCUAGGAGAUUUUAAGGAUUUGUCAACUGUUCGACAACAGCUUUUGUCAAAAAUUGGGGCUGUGUUUGUAAUUGAAGAAUCAAUUCUUCCCAUUGAAGUUGUUCCGGAGGAAGUGGACAGGAAAGACAUUGUGUUCCUUAUUGACGGAUCUGCUACCAUUGGGAAUGUCAAUUUUAUUCACAUCCGUGAAUUCAUUACAAGAUUAAUCGAUAAGUUGGACAUUGGAAGGAAUGGAGUGCAAGUGGGUGUGGCACAGUACAGCGAUGGUGUAAAAACAGAAUGCUUCUUGAACAGUUACUCAACCAAAUCCCAACUUAUCAAUCACUUGAAAGGACUCAAGGUAAAAGGUGGCAGGAUGGUCAACACUGGGGCAGCACUGAACUAUGUCCUCGGGAAUCACUUUACUAAAGACGCAGGAAGCAGGAGAGAAGAAGGCGUUCCUCAGAUCUUGGUGCUGCUCACUGGUGCAAAGUCCAGAGAUGAUAUCAAAUCACCAGCAGAUGACUUGAAGCAAGCUGCAAUAAAGACUUUCAGUGUGGGAGCAAAGUAUGCUGAUACAGCACAGCUGAUGGAGAUCGCAAGUGACCCAAGUCUGGUUUUCAAAGUAAAGGAAUUCCGCUCCCUGCCUGAGAUAGAGAGUCAGUUGUUGACACCAUUAUCAACAAUAGUGAUGGUGCCCACAGUGUCCCUGGAGCCCACAGUGUCCCUGGUGCCCGAGGUGCCCACGGUACCUUUGACAACAACAGUUGCUCCAACGAUUGCUCCAACGGUUGCUCCAACAGUUGCUGUGCCCACAGUUCCGGAGCAAGCGGACAGGAAAGACAUUGUGUUCCUUAUCGAUGGAUCUGCUACCAUUGGGAAUGUCAACUUUAUGCACAUCCGUGAAUUCAUCAUAAAAUUAAUCGCCGGGUUGGACAUUGGAAGGAAUGGAGUGCAAGUGGGUGUGGCACAGUACAGCGAUGGUGUCAAAACAGAAUGCUACUUGAACAGUUACUCAACCAAAUCCCAACUUGUGAAUCACUUGAAAGGAGUCAAGGUAAAAGGUGGCAGGGUGGUCAACACUGGGGCGGCACUGAACUAUGUCCUCGGGAAUCACUUUACUAAAGACGCGGGAAGCAGGAAAGACGAAGGUGUUCCGCAAAUCUUGGUGCUGCUCACUGGUGCAAAGUCUACAGAUCUCAUCAAAUCGUCAGCAACUGCCCUGAAGAGGGCUGCCGUGAUGAUCUUUGCCAUCGGAGCGAGGAAAGCAGAUCCAGCACAGCUGAGUGAGAUUGCAAACGACCCCAGUUUGGUGUUCAGAGUGAAGGAAUUUAACUCCCUGCCACAACUCCAGAAGCAGGUGCUGGCCACAUUAUCAACACUGCCUACUUCACAACCAACCACUGAACAGCCGACUGUAACCAGUAAGCAAGUUUUGCCAAAACUAUUGGGCAAGAAAGACAUUGUGUUCCUCAUUGAUGCAUCGGAUAAUGUCCGGAACACAGACUUUCAUCAUGUCCGUGAUUUCAUCACAUGGAUACUGGGGAAUCUUGGACUUGGACGUGAUGGAAUACAAGUGGGUCUGGUGCAGUACAGCAAUUAUGCAGAGACUGAAUUCUAUCUGAACACUUAUUCUUCAGAAGAUGAAAUUGUGACUCACAUGCAAGGGCUUAGACAGAGGGGUGGGAUGCCACUUAAUACAGGGGCAGCUCUGGACUACGUCCUUACGAAUCACUUCAGCAGAUCCUCGGGAAGCAGGAAAGACGAAGGAGUUCCUCAGAUAUUGGUGCUGAUCAUGGCUGGAAGAUCCAGGGAUUACCCCCGGCACUCGGCAGAUGCACUGAAGCGAGCUGCUGUCACCGUCGUUGUUGUGGGAACUCGGGACACAGACCCAGCGCAGGUGAAGGAGAUCGCAAGCCAGCCCAGUUUGAGCCACAAUGUGGAGGAAUUCCGCUCUCUGCCCAACUUACAAGAUCAGCUGAUGGUAUCAUUGUCAACUCUGCCCGCUGCACGAGAAACCACUCGCCAACAGCCCACAGUUCCCAUCAGACCAGUUUUGCCAAAACUAUUGGGCAAGAAAGACAUUGUGUUCCUCAUUGAUGCAUCGGAUAAUGUCCGGAACACAGACUUUCAUCAUGUCCGUGAUUUCAUCACAUGGAUGCUGGGGAAUCUUGGACUUGGACGUGAUGGAAUACAAGUGGGUCUGGUGCAGUACAGCAAUUAUGCAGAGACUGAAUUCUAUCUGAACACUUAUUCUUCAGAAGAUGAAAUUGUGACUCACAUGCAAGGGCUUAGACAGAGGGGUGGGAUGCCACUUAAUACAGGGGCAGCUCUGGACUACGUCCUUACGAAUCACUUCAGCAGAUCCUCGGGAAGCAGGAAAGACGAAGGAGUUCCUCAGAUAUUGGUGCUGAUCAUGGCUGGAAGAGCCAGGGAUUACCCCAGGCACUCGGCAGAUGCACUGAAGCGAGCUGCUGUCACCGUUGUUGUUGUGGGAACUCGGGACACAGACCCAGCGCAGGUGAAGGAGAUCGCAAGCCAGCCCAGUUUGAGCCACAAUGUGGAGGAAUUCCGCUCUCUGCCCAACGUACAAGAUCAGCUGAUGGUAUCAUUGUCAACUCUGCCCGCUGCACGAGAAACAACUCGCCAACUGCCCACACUUCCCAUCAGACCAGCUGGUGCAAACAAGAGAGAUAUAGUGUUCCUUAUCGAUGGAUCGGAUAACGUUGGGGCCACAAACGUUCAGUUUGUCCGCGAGUUUCUCACCAGCAUAAUCGAGAACCUCGACAUUGGAAGUGACAGAGUUCAGAUUGGUCUGGUACAGUACAGCAAUUAUGCAGAGACUGAGUUCUACCUGAACACCUACUCUUCAGAAGAUGAGAUCACGUCACACGUGGAAGGGUUUCAAUUAAGAGGAGGAACAACAUUGAACACUGGGGCAGCAUUGGAUUAUGUCCUUAGAAACCACUUCACCAAAUCUUCAGGUAGCAGGAAGGGCAAGGGUGUUCCCCAGUUAUUGAUACUCAUCACUGCUGGGAGAUCCAGAGACCAUAUCAAACCAUCUGCCGAUGCGCUGAAGCAAGCUGUUAUAACGAUCUUUGCCGUACGAACUGGGAACGCAGACACAGAGCAGCUAACGGAGGUGGCCAGUGACCCCAGUUUGCUCUUCAGCGUGGCGGAAUUUCGCUCUUUGCCACAUGUGAUUGAACAAGUGAUGACACCAAUGGCUACGCUGACUGUCUCUCAAGUCCCUACCGAAAGUCCAACCGUUCCGAGCAAACAAGUUUUGCCUGAUGAAGAGAACAAGAGAGAUAUUGUUUUCCUUAUCGACGGAUCUAACAGCAUUGGACAGACAAAUUUUUAUUUCGUCCGCGAUUUUCUUGCAAGUAUAAUUCAAAAUCUCAACGUUGGAAGUGACGGAAUCCAAGUAGGUCUGGUGCAGUACAGCACGCAUGCAGAGACUGAAUUCUACCUGAACUCCUACCUAUCAAAAGCUGAAAUGUUGUCUCACAUAAGAGGACUGAGGCUGAAAGGUGGGACAAGAAUUAAUACAGGCGCAGCGUUGGAUUAUGCUUAUAGAUACCAUUUCAUCAACUCUGCUGGAAGUAGGAAGCAAAAAGGUGUUCCUCAGAUAUUGGUCAUCCUGACUGGUGGGCGAUCGAACGAUGACGUAAAGCCACCUGCAGAUACGAUGAAGCGAGCCGCCAUAAUGAAUAUUGCAAUCGGAGUUAAGAACGCUGACUCAGUACAGCUGGAAGGCAUUGCAGUAGAUCCCAGUCUAGUCUUCACUUCAAAAACAUUCUCUUCUUUACCAAAUAUAGAAGAAGAGUUGACAACACUUUUGUUGACUCUACCAGCCCUCAGAGCAAUCCCUGAACCAACUGCUCCAACGAAACAAGUUGUACCCGAAGCAAGCAAGAGAGAUAUUAUGUUCCUUAUCGAUGGAUCAAACAAUGUUGGGAAUACAAAUCAUCAGUUCAUCCGUGAUUUUCUCACAAGUAUCAUAGAAAAUCUUGACAUUGGGAGAGACAGCGUUCAAGUCGGCUUGGUGCAGUACAGCAAUUACGCAGAGACUGAGUUCUACUUGAAUACUUAUUCUUCAGAAGAUGAACUUCUGUCUCACGUGAAAGGACUGAGACUGAGAGGUGGGACAUCUCUGAACACUGGUGCCGCGCUAAACUAUGUGCUCCAAUAUCACCUCACUGCAUCUGCAGGAAGUAGGAAAGAGGAAGGAGUUCCUCAGGUAUUAGUGGUGAUCACUGCUGGAAGAUCAAGAGAUGAUAUAAGACGCCCAGCAGAUGCAUUAAAACGGGCUAAUGUAUUGGGCGUUGUUAUAACAGCCAAGAACGCUGAUCCAGUGGAGUUACAGGAAAUGUUAAUUGACCCAGGUCUGGUCUUCAGUGUGCAGGAAUUCAGCUCGCUGCCAGAUGUACAGGAACAAUUGAUGAUAUCAUUAACGACACUGGCUGCUCCAACCGUAAUUCAUAAAGAGCCAAUGGUAAUUACUGAAGAACAUACGGACAAAAGCACUGAAGUUCUAUCUUCGACAGACAGCAGGAGAGACAUUGUGUUCCUGAUUGACGAAUCUGACUUUGUUGGGAAUUCGAAUCUACCGCCAGUCCGUGAGUUAAUGUCAGCGAUAAUCGAGAGACUUGAUAUUGGAAGUGACCGAGUGCGAGUCGGCCUGGUGCUGUACGGCAACAAAGCAGAAACAGAGUUUUAUCUAAACACCUACCCCAAAAAAGAUGAAAUUCUCUCUGUGCUGAGAUCCCUCACUCUUCAAGGUGGCCGGACACUCAACACUGGGAAGGCAUUGGAGUUUGUCCUCAGAUACCACUUCACCAGAUCUGCAGGCAGCAGAAGAGAGGACGGUGUCCCCCAGUUUUUGGUGCUCAUCACUGGUGGGAGGUCUGGAGAUGACAUCAAGCGAGCUGCGGAUGCAUUGAAGCAGAGCAACGUGAUAACCCUAACUGUUGGAUCAGGGUCUGCAGACCCUGCUCAGCUCAAGGAGAUAGCCUCUAAACCCAAUCUGGGCUUCAGUGUGAGGGAUUUCUCUUCUCUGCCAGGCUUACAGGAACAGGUGAUUGCAUCCUUUGAAAGAACACAUGCUCUGGAAACACCCACUGAAAAGCCAGCAGUGCAUGUUGAAGAAGCCACGAUUGACAACACCAGAGCUAUGAAGAGAGAUAUCGUGUUCUUAAUUGAUGGCACUUCCGGAAUGGGGAGAUCAUUUAUUCAGGUCCGUGAUUUUUUGAAGAAAGUAAUCCAGGAGCUUGAUGUUGGGCCUGACAAGGAUCAGGUUGCUGUGGUACAAUACAAUUCCCACCCAACGUUUGAAUUUGGCCUUGACAGGCAUUCAACAAAGGGUGCUGUUUUGAAUGCAAUAAGAGAUCUGAGACUGAGAAAGGGAAGACCCCUCAACACUGGUGCAGCACUGGAGUUUGUCACAAGGAAUGUCUUCAUCCCAGCCGCAGGCAGCAGGAGAGAUGCUGGAGCUGCACAGAUCCUGGUGCUCAUCACAGCCGGGAGAUCCAGGGACAAUGUUGGGCCGGCAGCAGAGGCAUUGAGACAGGCUGGUGUUGUGCCCAUUGCCAUCGGGGCCAAGAGCGCAGACACAUCGGAGAUGCAACUGAUCACUUCCGACCCAGACUCAGCUUUCAAAUUGAGCAGCUUCCAGGAAUUGCAAUCAAUUCAACAACAGCUGCUGUCUAAAGUUCAACCAGUGCCUGCAACAGAGGAGCCAAUAAUUAUAACUGAAGCAAAGGAAAUGAGCGAGAGAGACAUUGUGUUCCUUAUCGAUGGAUCAGACAAUAUCGGAAAUGCUAAUUUACCUCAUGUCCGUGACUUUAUGAUCAGAAUAAUUCAGUACCUGGCCAUCGGACGGGACAAGGUGCAAGUGGGUCUGGCACAGUACAGUGAUAUUGCGGAAACUGAGUUCUACCUGAACACUUACUCAACAGAGGCUGAGCUUCUGUCUCACAUCAAAAGCCUCAGUCUGAGAGGUGGGGCUAAAGCCAACACUGGCUCUGCGUUGGACUAUGCCAUGAAGUACUAUUUCACGAGUGCUGCUGGAAGUCGAAUAAAGGAGAACGUUCCCCAGUUUCUGCUGCUCAUUACUGGUGGAAGGUCCAGCGAUGAUGUGGAGGAGGCAGCAAAUGCGCUGAAGCGAGCUGCGGUCAUGACCUUCGCCAUAGGGGUUAGGAACGCAGACCCAGCCCAGUUGGAAGAGAUGGCAAUUGAUCCAAGUUUGGUCUUCAGUGUAAACGAAUUGCACUCUCUGCCAGAUGUCCUGAAUCAAUUGAUAAUGCCACUGACAAUGCUGAGUGUCCCAACAGUGAUUGAAGAGCCAACAGUUGUUGAGGAUGAAAUGGCCACAUCUACAAAAGCCAGGAAGAGAGAUAUCGUCUUCCUAAUCGACGGCUCCCCUGGAAUGGGGAAAUCGUUUUCACAAGUCCGUGAAUUUCUAUUGAAGGUAAUCGAGGAGUUUGAUGUUGGACCUGACACAGAUCAAGUCGCUGUGGUGCAAUACAGUUCUGACGCAAGGCUCGAGUUCGGCCUCAAUGUUCAUUCAACGAAAGAUGAGCUUUUGAAUGCAAUACCAAAAUUGAAACUGAAAACGGGAAGACCCCUCAACACUGGUGCUGCGCUGGAGUUUGUCACAAGGAACGUCUUCAUCCCAGCCGCAGGCAGCAGAAGAGAUGCUGGAGCCGCACAGAUCCUGGUGCUCAUCACAGCCGGGAGAUCCAGGGACAAUGUUGGGCCGGGGGCGGAGGCAGUGAGACAAGCUGGUGUUGUGCCCAUUGCCAUCGGGGCCAAGGGCGCAGACACAUCGGAGAUGCAACAGAUCGUAUAUGAACCCAGCCUUGUAAUGAAACUGAAUGAUUUCUCUGAGUUGGCAACUAUUGAAAAGGAGCUUAUAAUUAAAGUUAACACCAUUGUUAUUAUUGAGGAUGCAAAUACUAUAAACACUGAAGUUUUGCCAGAGGAAGUGAACAAGAGAGAUAUUGUAUUCCUCGUUGACGGCUCAGAGAAUGUCGGAAACAUAAAUGUGCAUCUGGUGCACGAUUUUAUCAGCAAUAUAAUCGAGAGCCUUGAUAUUGGAACGGACAGGGUAAGGGUGGGCAUGGCACAAUUCAGUCACAAUGCCAAAGCAGAGUUCUACCUUGAUACAUACUCAACAAAAUCGGACAUACUGAAUCAUAUCAAAGGGCUCAGGUUGAAAGGGGGCACGACUCUUAACACUGGCUCAGCCCUGGACUUUGUUUUAAGGAAUCUCUUUAUCAAGUACACAGGAAGCAGAAAGGAGCAAGGGGUUCCCCAGUUUCUUGUGGUGUUUGCUGGCGGGAGAUCGGCGGAAACUGUUAAACCCUAUGCGGAGGCUCUCAAGCGAGAUGGCAUCGCAAUUUUUGCAGUUGGAGUAAGGCAUGCCGACCCGGCCCAGCUGGAGGAGAUUGCAUCCGAUCCCAGUUUGGUCUUCAGUGUGAAGGAGUUCCAUAAUUUGGCAAACGUACAUGAACGGGUGAUGAGCCCAUUGUCAACAUUGAGUGCCCCAACAGUGGCUAUCAGAGAGUCAAUCGUCAUUAAUGAAGAAACAUUAAUUCCUGGAGAGGAGCGAGUUACCAGUAUAGAAGUCAUGCAGAAAGAUAUUGUUUUCCUAAUUGAUGGCACCCUUGGAAUGGGGAAAGCGUUUCCUCUCGUCCGCCAAUUUCUUAUUAAAGUACUUCAGGAACUUGACAUUGGGCCUGACAAAGAUCAAGUCGCCGUGGUACAGUACAGCUCCGAUGCACAGACUGAAUUUGCGUUCAAUACUUAUACGAGCAAGGCUGAAGUCCUGGCUGCGGCAACACAGAUCAGACGUAAAACGGGAAGAGUCCUCAACACUGGAGGAGCACUAGAGUAUGUCUCAAGAAAUAUCUUUCAUGCAGCUGCUGGCAGCAGGCAAGAUGCCGGAGCUAAGCAAAUUCUGGUGCUUAUCACUGCUGGGAAGUCCAGGGAAGAUGUCGGUCCAGCAGCAGAUACUAUAAAGCAAGCUCAUAUUGUGCCCAUUGCCAUCGGAGCUAAGAAUAUUGACCCAUCGGAGCUGCAGCAGAUUGCAUAUUCCUCUGAUUUCCUCAUUAUAUUAAAAACUUUCCACUCUAUACCAACAUUGCAUCAACGAUUGAUAUCAAUGCUGAAAUCCGUUUAACCUCUUGAAGAUCACCUUACUGAAUAACCCAACAGAGUGUCCUGCAUCUGAAUUAUUAUAUCACAUCAUCCAAGUUCCCUUCUCCACAUUAAGCUGCAAAUCAACAGCAAAAAAAUGCUUGAAUGAAUCACUUCACUGAACAACACGAAAACCAGCCAUCCUUGGAAGCCACAAGUUUGACAAUAAUAUCCUGCAUAUGACAGUGAUCUCAGUUUUCCGUCGUAAACUCUAUCUGAACAUCUGGCUCAUUUUAUAAAAUUAUUUGCAAUUUAUAGUCAACAGAAUUACCUGGUGUAAAGAAUAUGGGCACAGUGUAAGGAAGCAGGCACUGAUAUUCAACACGUUUGAUUACUUUAUCUGAAAUAAAAACAGAGAAUGUUAUAAACAUUCAGCAGAUCAGGCAGCAUCUGUAGAAAGAGAAGCAGUGUUAACACUCUACUGGUCUGCAAAGGGCCUUGGACUGAAAUGUUAAUGCAGAUAAUGUGCAUUUCUGUUUGGUCCAUCGCAAGAAGGACGUGGAGGCUUUGGAGAGGGUGCGGAAGAGGAUUUUCAGUGGUUACCAUGAUCGGAGGGUACGAGCUAGGAGAUGUUGGACAAGCAUGGAUUCUUUUCUCUGGAGCAUCUGACGAGAAGGGGUAUAUAUAUAUAUAUGAUAGAAGCCUAUAAAAUUAUGAGAGUCAGAGAUAGGGUAGAGAGUCAGGACCUUUUUUCUCAGGGUGGAAAUGUCAAAGAUUAGUGAGCGUAGUUUUAUGUUGAGAGGAAGAAAGUUUAAGGAAGAUAUGUGGAAGAAGUUUUAUUUGACACAAGCUGAUAGGUGUCUGAAAUGGUUGGUGGUGAUGGUAGAUACACUAGUGGUGUUCACGAGGCUUUCAGAUAAGUGUAUGAAUAUGUAGCGAAUGGAGGAAUAUGGAUGAUAUGUAUGUAGGUAUAAGGGAUUAGUUUAAAUUGGAAUCAUGGCUGGUGCAGACAUUGUGGGCCAAAGGGCCUGUUCUUGAGCCACACUGUACUAUCACAGAUGCAGCCUGACCUGUUGAGUGUUUCCAAGCAUUCUUCUGCAGAUAUUUCAGAUUUCCAGCAUUUGAAGAUUUUUCAAUUCCAGUAUUUUUUGAAAUUAAAAGGAUUAUGGCCAAUGCAGUCCAGAUUUUACAUGGAACAAUUUCAGCUGUAAAGGAUUUUCAUUCUGCUUAUUUUACUUGGAUCGCAGUAUAUAUAUACCAACGCUACUUCUCAUUAUGUUCGGUAUUUUCAAGUCCAAUUUUUUCUUUGCUGCUGCCUGCUUGUCAAACGACCAGAAUUGCUUUUCCUGCCCAUUGCCUAUUUCUGGUCAUCAUCCCAGUUCUAACGCCAUCGAAUUGGAAAGCAAUACUCAAACCAUUUGGCUUUAUAUCCUCAAUGCACUGUCAUGGACAUUUAAAGUGAUAAAUAAAUUUUUAUUUUAAAACACAAUGGCCCAAUGUUUUAUUAGCUGUUCUCUUAUCUUUAUACUCCGAAUAAAAGGCUUUUAUACUAUUGGUAUUUUGAAAGGGAAGUGAGAAUGUGCAUAUGGAAGCAUGAAACCCAGUUGUGAAGUAAUAAACAAGGUUCAGAAACAUAGCACUAUUAAAGGUGAUAUUAUUGAUCAGACACAAGGUUAAAUAACCUCACAGAUUGAUGGUAAGAACUAAUUUUAGUUUAGAUUUUAAAUUAGGGAUACAGCGCGGAAACAGGCCCUUCGGCCCACCGAGUCAGUGCCGACCAGCGAUCCCCGUACAUUAACACUAUCCUACACACACUAGGGACAAUUUACAUUUAUACCAAUCCAAUUAACCUACAAACCUGUGCGUCAUUGGAGAGUGGGAGGAAACCGAAAAUCUCGAAGGAAAACUUACGCGGUCACGGGGAGAACGUACAAACUCUGUACAGACAGAACCCGUAAUCGGGAUCGAACUUGGUCUCUGACGCUGCAGGCGCUGUAAGGCAGCAACUCUAAUGCUGCGCCAUCGUGCCUCACCUGGGGACUAUACUGGAGUCCGUACAAUACAAUGGGACCAUACAAAAUACCUGGAGAAAUAGUACGUUUUAUGGCCCUGUCCCACUUAGGCGAUUUUUUAGGUGACUGCUAGAGACCAGGACAAUGGAAUUCACCGGCCAACACCGGCGACAACCUACGUCACCUGGCGACAAUGUACGUCACCUGGCGACAACGUACGGCAGCACCUAAGACAACCUACGACAGCCCAAAUUGUCGCC